GGACUGUAGGCACACCUUCUACUCCUUAAGGGUAGUCAAACGCCGGAAGUCGCUACGAGAUGAGUUAGCUCAAGCGACUUUCUAAGAGUCCAUUAUGAGAAAAAGCGACAUAUCCUUAAGGACUAAGGGCAGUAUCUUACUAUGAUUUAUCAACUUUUUUCCUUUUCCUCUUUUAUCGUUCAUAUGCCUAGGUUCCUACCUGGAGGCAUCGAUGACCCACUGCUUCUAGAUGCGGAAGCCCGUUAAGUGAAAGCUUCUAUUCCAUCCAGAACCAUUUGAACCGUUUGAACUAAGGUCACAUAGCCGCCAAACUUGCGCGAUUUCAUCUGAUGGCGGUCGGUCAAGGUUAGUCCUCAGAAUGAUAGGGACUGAGUAUGGACACUGUAAUAUUUGCUUUGAUGCAGUGCCAUAUGAAAACAUGUUAUUUCUUUCUGCUUGCGGGUGUUCUUUUUGCCGUCAGUGCUUGAAAACGUAUGUUAUUACAGUAUUACGAGAUCGAGUUGAUGUUAACUGUGCUUGUCCAAGUUAUCCAUGUAGUCAAAGUGGUCAUUUGACAGACUCUGAGAUAAGAGAAUUGCUGCCUUCUGACGUUUACGAACGUUUUUCUGUAAAGAAGCUUCAGCGAGAAAUCGAGCAGAAUGUAAACCUAACAUUUUGCCCAGCAGUAAAUUGUGGUGCUGUGUGCCAGAUUCCUUCUAUUUUAAAAGUACCCAUACGAAAUGGAAUAAACCCAUCUACCAGAAGUAAUAAACAUGCUUUGGAACGGUUUACUAGAUGGUACAGAAGAUAUCUUUGCAGUUCACAAGGAGAUACCACUCAUGUUUCUCCCAGCACCAAAAGUACGAGUUUUCAUGCCGAUGACACAUCGAAAAUUCCAAAUAACGCAUAUUACAAGCCUAUCAGUAAUCUCAGGGAUGAAGACAAAGAAGAUUGUGUAACGACACCCACCAGUGAAGGUGCUGGAGAGAAGGAUUUACUCUAUAUAUCUGAAAAAAGAACGUUGAUGUGUCAAGUGAGUCCUGGUCGCCCAGCUGUACGCGUCGUAUGCAAACAGUGUUCUCAUGAAUUUUGUGCUCGAUGUCAUUUAAACUGGCACAUCGGAGUUGGACCGUAUGUGUGUGAAGAAUAUCCUCGUAACGUUGUCAAGGGAAAUAAAAAUUUAAGCACUCAAUUUACUAGUCAACAAAAUUUACUUGGAAUUUUGGAGGAAAAUGUAAAUGCCUCGGAUCAUAUUAACCCUCAUUCAGAACCAGAUCCUAUUACAUUUCAGAAACACCAGUCACAGUCUGUAACGCAAAAUCCAGAAAUCAUCAAGUCAUUACCAUCCUUGAGAAAACCUCCAGAGAAAAACAAAAUAAAUAAAGUCUCACUCCGGCGAUCCAAAAGAAAACGGCGUAAUUAUUUACAGAGUCAUGCAGGUAUUCAUCUUUCCAAUCAGGAUAUCAGUGAUACAAUUGAUGUCUCCGUUCUUGCCGUUGGGUUCCCUCCAUAUUCUCCUGAUGACUGGCUGAAACGUUGUCCUGCCUGCUUAGUCCCUAUUGAACGUAUCGAAGGUUGCGCUCAAAUGAUGUGCCGGUCAUGCAAACAUACCUUUUGCUGGUAUUGUUUGACUUCAUUGGAUGAUGAUUUCCUUCUUCAACAUUAUGAUGACGGGGCCUGUAAAGGAAAACUCGGUCAUUCUCGUGCAUCAGUAAUUGGUCAUCGAGUUUAUGUAAGUUAUUUUAGUGUAAAAAAAGGUUGGUUAUAUUCUUCACAAUUUCCUUAAUUGGAAAUACUGUUAUCUGUUGCGGUUUUGCUAUGCAUUGAUUAAGUAUGCUUUCAUUAAAUCAAACGCUUUAAUUAACAAUUUUUGAUCUCAUUUCGUUUGGCAAGAUUUAGGAAUUUCGUAGAAAAAAAAUUGAAUUUUAUGUAAUCGUUGUAAAUCAUCACUUUCAUUGGUUCAUAUUAUCCAUCUGUUUUUCAACAUUCAGUAAGUGUUCAAUAUCUAACAUUUUCAGGUAUUUUUCCAUUCAUCCAGUGGGUAAGUGAUACAUUUAAGAGUGUAGUCUUCAUUGGAGAUUUCAUCUUAAGCGUCUGAAUUUAUCCACAUCUGUUUACGGUGAACAUAUCAGUUUACCACAUUUCAAUGUGCAGGAUGAGGUGAAAGUUAAAGCCUAAAAUCAAAUCUUCAGUGAAAAUCACACUCUUGUUUACAGAGUUUGACCACUAAAUAAACGGAAAAAUGGCCGAGAAUGCUUGGGUACCGCUGGUAACCUCAGUCCCGUCGUUCACUUAUCAAGUUAUAUUUAUCACUUCUGAGUGUUCGUUUUUUUAAAAUAAAAAUUUCUAUUUAUAAAGAUUUGGUAAAAACUUGAUGAUUUAAAUUAAAAAUCAUUAUCACAUCAAAUCUUUCAAUUAAUAAAAUAUUGAGAUAAAUGGCUAUUUGACUAUGCGAUUGUCCAUCAUAAAUAACAAUUUUAUUUUUCAUCAGAAGUUGAUAAAUAUCCAAUGCUACCUUGCUUAUACAUGCUUUUAAACUUGCCAAUUAGUGAGGAAAAUACUUGAUCAUUCAAUUAUGGAUCAAAAACUAUUCCACCUAGACCUGCGUGUAAUCUUUGUGUAUUCAACUUUCAGUCAGUGUUUUCAAUCUUAGACAUAUGAUCUAUUUUGGUUAGAAUGAUUGUUAGCGGGACAUAGACUGGAUUAAAACAUGCUCAAUGCACGAUUGCUGUGCUGCACGUUGAUUGGCUAAUUCUUAUCCAAUCAGCGUUAGCCAAUACUUAGUGAACACUAGAAAUCUCAUGUGAAAAGCUAUAAAUAUACUAGCGUUUUCCCUAUUGAACUUCUUACUUGCUUCUUGCUUCCAUCUAACCUUGUUAUUUGGAAUAUAAUCUCUUUCCUGUUCAACCGUGUUCUGAUUUGGGGACUUGUCGAGUUAAUCGGUGUCCGAGAAUACUAAGCAAUAGGAAUAGCUGGGUCAUACCAUAAGAAAGAGACUAUAACAGAUUAAAUAGUAUACUAGUGUAUUAGUUUAAGCCUUUUAACGAGGUACACACUUCCAUAUCAUGAUUCACGUGAUAGUCAUGUUUAGUGAUUUGGUGAUGUCAGGCAAUAUGGCUCAAAGUCGACCACAUUAACAUAAAUUUUUUCUUCAUCUUCCCAUAAAUCGUGAGUAGUAAUACUAGUCAAUCUCUUUUUUAUUUCUUGAUUUUAUUUCUUUACAAAUUAACAAAAAUGGCGCUAUUAUUUUGACUUCUUUGAUAUGUCUUUGUUGAUAUCUCGUUUUACUAACUUGGUGUAGCAACUUCGCGUGAUGUAUAUUUGUGUCAGGUCUUACAUUGCUUGCGACUGACUAACUUGUCUAACUUUUGUAGGUAGGAUUACAUAUACAUGUUUACACACUUGUCUUUAAGGUAUAAAUUUUAUGUAAUGAUUAAUGGUGCUAUGCGGUUUCUCAGGUUGAAUUGAAUGGCCAGAGUUUGGACGUAUGACUUAAUAACACUGAAAAGCAUUUAUAACGAUCAAGGUUUGUAUAUUUUCACAGCAAUUCUACUUUACUACUAAACUAUUGUAUAGAAUGAUAGCAUUUCGGUAUUUUUUAAUUUAUCAAAUUGACGUCAGGUUUCAUUCUAUAGGUCAUUACUGCUGUGUAAAAUCUUUCAUAUUUACCUUUGACUUAUAGGCAUAGUUACAAUUUGAUUUUUAAAAUAUUUUCAGUUUUAUGUGCUGACGGAAUGAUUUUAUGAUAAUACGUUUGUGUUUUUUUAGUGAGGGCUUCCACCUUUAUGUUGUAAUAUUCUACUAGCUUAAGCUUCUUUUUCUGACGGUAAGCGGCUCAAAUAACCCAGUUAGUGACAUGUUCAAAUGUCUUAGUUAAACAUCACUUCUCACACUAUUGUAAAUAUCCUUUACUGAUAAGUCCAAACCAGUGUCAAACUCAGGUUCAAAGUCUUCUACUCAUUGUCUUUAAAGUUGUGACUGCAUAAAUCUGAUAUAGACAAACAUCUAAUUUGAGUAUAUGUCAUCCUAGUUAGCGGUUUCAAUAAGUUUGAGUCUAACUCCAAAGUUACAUUACAUAACAUGAAAAGGUGGGUACAGGCAUCAACUUAUCCCUCUUCUUGAUUUCAUUACUUAUCCAAUUACGAUUGAUUCUUUUUGUAAAGCUAUUAAUUUUUUCGAUUGAUUUGUUGUGAGUAACGGUAAAUUAUACUAGUCUUCUUUCACGUAUUGUUAGACUAUUAUCUUGUUUAUUUAUGUAUUUUGUUUACACCUAAAAUCAGGUUGUCAGUGUAUUUACUGGAUUA